GUAUAUUGAAGGUCCUUAUCUAGCAGACUGCUUUCUUUGGACAGCAAACACGGCAAUGGCGGAUUACGAUACCUACGAUGACCGGGAUCGGGCUUAUGGCAGUUUUGGCGGCGGAAGAGGAAGACCCCGAGGUGGAGGCGGUGCAGGCGCACCCCGCAGACAGAAGGAGUUGCCCACAGAACCCCCCUACACAGCGUAUGUAGGGAACCUGCCCUUCAACACAGUCCAAGGAGACAUAGAUGCCAUUUUUAAAGACCUCAGUGUUAGGAGUGUGCGACUAGUAAGAGACAAAGAGACAGACAAGUUCAAGGGCUUCUGUUAUGUAGAAUUCGAUGAUUUGGAAUCUCUAAAAGAGGCUUUGACGUAUGAUGGAGCUCUUCUUGGGGACCGAUCAUUGAGGGUGGACAUUGCAGAAGGGCGGAGGCAAGAGCGAGGUGGUGGGUUCGGCUUCCGAAAAGACGAGAGAGGCCGUGGUGGCUCGCGGGGGCCCAGAGGAGGGGGACGCGACUCCAGAGACGACUACGACCACUCUGGUGGAGGUUACAGGGAUGAUGACUUCAUGGGUGGGAGGAGUCGAGGAGGCAGUCGUCCCGGUGACAGAAGGGGUGGUGGAGGUGGUGGAGGAAUGGGUCGCUAUAGGGAUGGACCUCCACGUGGAGGCCAGACAGACUUCAGAGAACCCUCUGAUGAGGAAAGAGCACAGAGACCAAGGCUACAGCUGAAGCCUCGCACAGUCUCCGAACCCCUAAACCAAGUGGCCAACCCCAACUCAGCCAUCUUUGGGGGUGCCAAACCCAGGGAGGAGAAUUGAUAUUGCUGUGUGGCUGCAUUAUUGCGGAAGGCUAGACUGGAUCUGCGGGCUUUGUCCACCUAAAAUCUUUCAAAGACAUCUCUCAGAGAAACGCAGCCAGGGGUGUGAGGCGCCAAGCCUGUGCCCCUCUGCAUGCCCCCCCCCCCCCCCCCCCCCCAAAAAAAAAAAGGCCUCGUGUGAUUGGCUAAAGAGAAGCUGGACUCGGGGCACAUUUGGGAAAAAAAAAAAAGGCACGGCCCAGGCUUACACCUAACCGUGUCUUUCCGCUUAAUGUGAAGUUCCGACACCUAAGCCAGACUCUGAAGACAGUGGCACCGGUUUGAUUCUGUUGCCUUUGGGUAAGGACAUCAGUGUGUGUACUCUUUCUCUCCCUUUCCCAAGGCAUCUUUGUGUUGCAAAAAUUUUGAAAUUCUAGACACACGGGAGUAAGUGCUAGACCGCUGUGUCUUUUUAUAUUUUGCUUCAAUUGCUGCUCUAUUUUUGAAAUAACCUUUUCAGCCUUCACUUCCCACUGUCUUAAACAUUAAAUGAUUUAAAUGGCAAAAGGAUCUGAAUGUUCAUUUGUUUUAUACAUAAUCCUGACAUAACCAUUUUGAAAGAUUGUUUUUUAUUACUAUUGUUUUCUUUUGACCAAGUCUGUUUAAUCCAGUUAAGCGAUGCUUUCUGCAAUAAUGUGAGAUGCAGUCAGUUCGUUUUGAAGAGUGAGAUAAAAGCAUGCUAGAUCUGAAUAUGAAUAUCGACUACAGUCUCAGUCAGGCAACUGUCAACUUCCACAGCUUGAUAGUAAUGUGUUUAAUCAAAAAAGAAAAAAAAAAAAAGUUAACUAUGAAUAUACGGUCAGUAGUUCUGCUUUGACAUAGGAAGCUUAUUGAACAAAAAUCACCCGCACAUUUCCAAUCAAGGUGAUAUCAGGCACUAGUCUUGUCUACUAUUAGAUCAAGUAUAGAUUUCUCUUUGGAUAUCCAUGUGUUGCAACCAUUUUAUUUUACUGAACAUAAAAUGGAAGUAGAGCCUUUUCUUACUGUACUAUAGAACGAUUGGCUGUUUUUAUUCUUUUCGUUUUCCUACACUGUUUAUGGCAAUAAAAGAUCUCAUCUUA